UCGCUGAGGGAAAGCCUGCAAUCUUCUUCGAAGGUGUUCCGACAUGCGCCCUGGUAUUUGUGUCAGCUUCCUCUUCAUCCUGCUGCUUGGUAAAGUUCAGCAUGGCACCUCUGUGCAGGAGCUCAAAACCAGCCAGGGCAACAUUGGAAAGAUCAACUCUGCAGCUGAAAUGAUGCAGUGCUCGGCAGUCAUGGAUAUCCUCUUUCUCGUGGAUGGCUCCUACAGCAUAGGGAAGGGCAGCUUUGAACGGUCCAAACACUACGCAUUCAAGUUGUGUCAAGCGCUAGACAUUGGGCCAGACAAGGUGCGAGUAGGUUUGGUUCAGUUUAGCUCCAGUCUUCGGCUCGAGUUUUCCUUGGACUCUUACUCCACCAAACAGGAGCUGAAGAAACACAUAAAAAAGGUUUCCUACAGGGGAGGCAGCACCCAGACAGGCCUGGCUCUGAAAUUUAUCCUGAGGAAGGGUUUUCCAGGGGGCCGUAACUCCUCCAGUGUCCCUCGCAUCGCCAUCCUCCUGUCGGAUGGGAAGUCUCAGGGCAAAGUGGUCCAAGCAGCCGCACAGCUAAAAGAGAGUGGUGUGGUCUUGUUUGCUAUCGGCUUGCGAUACCCAAAGUGGGAGGAACUUCACUCUCUUGCCAGUGAACCAACUGAAAGUCAUGUCUUCUUUGCCGAGCACUUCCAGGAUGCCAUCAAUGGUCUGUACACGACACUGAGCACUUUCCUGGUCUGCAAUGCAACACCUGCAGGCUGUAUGAUGGAAUCAUUCCCUUGUGAGAGGAAAACAUUAGAGACCGUGAAGGAGCUGCAAGGGAAUUUCAUGUGCUGGAAAAGCUCGAAGGGUUAUUCCCCAUACGCAUCUCUCUGUCCUUACUACAGGUACAGGAAGGUUUUCAAGAGACACCCCUCAGUCUGUCAUAGAACUAUUUGUCCAGAUCCCUGCGACUCUCAGCCCUGUCUGAAUGGUGGAACGUGUGUGUCAGAAGGUCCAGAGGGUUACAGCUGUGUGUGCUCACCUGGCUACGGAGGAGACCCUCACUGCGCUCCUGCGUUAUCGUUGGACUGUUCUGUGGAUUUACUCUUCCUGCUAGAGGGCUCUGCUGCGCUCACGUUAGAAGGCUUCCUGCGCCUCAAGUCUUUCUUAAAGCGCUUCUUGCAGAUGGUCAUUGGGUAUGACAGCCCCAGUAAAGUCGGCCUGGCUGUGUUUGGUGGAGAGACUCGAGUAGAGGCCCAGGUUGGUACGUUGAAAGGAGACCUGAGGGCACUUCUUAAGGCUGUGGAUUCACUUCAACCUCCCGGUGGUCAAACCCUGACAGGCAAGGCACUCCGCCACGUGACCCACCAUGGCUUUGUAAGCCAGCCGGUCUUUGCUGACGUCUCAGAUGACCUUCCUCGCGUUGUGGUGUUGCUCACUUCCACUCCUGCUGCAGAUAAUGUGAUCGAGGCCUCUAAAUAUGCACGAGAUAGAGAGACCUUCCUGAUCGGGGUGGGACCCGAUGGCUUCAAGGGGAAACUGAAUAAUAUAACAGGAAAUCCUCAUAGGACUCUCACAUAUUCAUCACCUGAUAGGCUUAUUGAGAAGAUACCUGAGCUGAAGGCCAAGAUCUGCAGCGUGGAUACACAAGGAUGUCUGGGUCAGGCAGUGGACCUGGUGAUUGCCCUGGAUGCCUCAGCUGGUGUAGGCCGUGAGAACUUUGCCACCCUGCAGGACUUCGUGCGCAGCCUCACCGUGCAGUUUGAUGUCAACCGCGACUUGGCUCAGGUAGCCCUCAUCGCCUACAGCCGGAGGCCUUACACCGUGUUCAGCUUGGACACCCACGAGUCCGGCUCUGCCAUCCUCAGCGCGGUAGGUCAGGCCAGCUACAUGGGAGGGGUGGCAUCCACAGGGUCAGCUCUGCUCCACAUCUACUCCAGCGUCCUGACUGUGGCUAACGGCGCGCGGCCGGGAGUCAACAAGGCCGUGGUGGUGGUGACGGACGGCUCAAACGGGGACGAUGCUGUGGUGCCGGCUCAAAAGCUAAGAGACAAAGGCGUUUCUGUUUUUGUGGUUGGUAUCGGAGACAUUCAGAGGGAGAGACUGAUGAAGAUCGCAGGUUCGGAGGACCGCAUGGUCUCUGUGCCGUCUUACGAGGACCUCAAGUACUUUGAAGAUGUGCUGGUGCAGAUGCUGUGCUCAGAGGUGAAGAAGCCUGUAAACCUGUGCAAGCCCAACCCAUGCAUGCACGAUGGGAUCUGCAUUCUGUCACCAGGGAGCUUCCAGUGUCGGUGCAAAGGCUAUGAAGGACCGCACUGCGAACAAAGAAGUAGUAAUACUCCAUCUAGAGGGGAUGUUCCGAGACCUUCAGGUCUGAGGAAGAAGAGCAGACAAAGGAAGAGCCACCAGGAGCUUCUGCGUCACUAUAAACUACACCGUCGGAGGCAUGCUGCCUGACACGCACACAUGAACAGAGUUAAUACACAAACAUAAAUGAAAUAUGGACAUUACUGAAG